AUGGCCACAAUGAAAGCCCUCCAAAUGACCACCACCCAAACCCUAACCCUAACCACCCUCCCAAUCCCAACCCCGAAACCAGGCCAAGCCCUAAUAAAAGUCCACUAUGCCUGCAUCCACCCCUCAGACAGACUGAAUGCGCAAGGCCUCUUCCCGAAAACUACACACCCACGCAUCCCAGGUCGUGACUUCGCAGGCGAAGUGAUCGCCACAAACCCAGUCUCCGCGUACUGGGUCGGCAAAGCAGUCUACGGCACCAGCGGCGCAAGUCUAGGCUUUAAUCUUGACGGUCCACACGCAGAGUACUGCCUCGUGCCGCAGGCCGCACUGGUCGAGAAACCAGCCACGCUAUCGAUGGCGCAGGCCGCGACUGUCGGCGUGCCGUUUACCACGGCGCUGGUGUGUUUGCGCCGGGCGAUGGUUUCGCCGUCUGAUAUCGUGCUUGUCCUUGGGUCUACUGGGGCUGUUGGGUCGGCUGCUGUGCAGAUUGCAAGGGCUAUGGGGUGUAAACGGGUGGUGACUGCUGCAAGGCGGGUGGAGGCAGAACCGGAUAUUGUUCUUUCUGGGGGUGAGCCUGUCAAGGAGCUUGUUGCUAGGAUUGGGGUGCUGACCAGUGGACGGGGCGUGGAUGUUGUUGUUGAUACUGUUGGGGAUUUGGGGCUGAUGGGCGCUGCGGUUGAGCUGUUGGCGCAGAAGGGGCGUUUGUCGAUUGAAGAUGCGGCGGGCCUUUUGCGGUUCCUUGAGGGGUGGUUUGGGGAUGGGUUGCUGCGUGCUCAGGAUGAGGGUUCGUUUAGGAGGGUUAGGUUGGAGGAUAGUAUUGAAGAGGGUUACAAGAGAUCUGGGGAGCAGGUAGUCAUUCAAAUGGUAUAG